AAACUUCCCCACUACUGCCUGACCGGUCCCCAUGGGUAGCAGCCACUAAUCUUGGUUUCUUUUUGUAGUAAAGCUGCUUAAAGGCUGAUUUGGGCACCUUCCACUUGUUUUCCUUACCCUUCUGAUGUUUAGAGGACUGACUUAUUAGAAGAGAUAGCUAAGUACCAGUGGUUCUGUUUCCAACUGGGUUCUGGUUUAUAGCAUAAUUGUUGGGUGAAGGUUUGUUUUUUAAUGGUAGUCAUUUUAAGAGAGAAAAGUUUCAGUUUUUUAAACAGUCAAGACUUCUGAAAAUGUGUUGUUCUUGGUGACAGUUUUGUGCUCAUUUGUCUUCCAGGUGCAAAGAAUUGUAGACCAACGAGCCAUGGAUAGGAGAAGCGUGGGUGAAAUAGAAAAUGGAGAUGCUUUCCUUGACUUGAAGAAGCAGCUGGCCUCCAAAUCCCCCCAUCGCUAUACAAAAGAGGAGCUCUUGGAUAUCAAAGAACGCCCUCAUUCCAAACAAAGGCCUUCAUGCCUCUCUGAAAAAUAUGACAGUGAUGGCGUCUGGGACCCUGAGAAGUGGCAUGCCUCUCUUUACCCAGCUUCAGGGAGGAGCUCACCAGUGGAAAGUGUGAAGAAAGAGUUGGAUACAGACCGGCCUUCCCUGGUGCGCAGGAUAGUAGAUCCACGAGAGCGCCUGAAAGAAGAUGACUUGGAUGUUGUUCUCAGCCCACAGAGACGAAGCUUUGGAGGGGGCUGUCACGUCACAGCUGCUGUUAGCUCCCGGCGCUCAGGAAGUCCAUUGGAGAAAGACCAUGAUGGGCUUCGCCUGAUUGGAGGGCGAAGAAUUGGCAGUGGGAGGAUAAUCUCUGCCAGGAACUUUGAGAAGGACCACCGUCUUAGCGAUAAGGAUCUGCGGGACUUGAGAGACAGAGAUCGAGAGAGGGACUACAAGGACAAGCGUUUCAGGAGGGAGUUUGGGGAUAGUAAGCGUGUGUUUGGUGAGCGUAGAAGAAACGAUUCCUACACAGAAGAAGAACCAGAAUGGUUCUCAGCUGGACCCACAAGUCAGUCUGAAACCAUUGAGCUGACUGGCUUUGAUGAUAAGAUACUAGAAGAAGAUCACAAGGGGAGAAAAAGAACAAGGCGACGGACAGCCUCUGUGAAGGAAGGUAUAGUUGAGUGCAAUGGAGGAGUGGCCGAAGAGGAUGAGGUGGAGGUCAUCCUUGCACAGGAGCCUGCUGCUGAUCAGGAAGUGCCAAGGGAUGCCGUCCUGCCUGAGCAGUCCCCAGGAGAAUUUGACUUUAAUGAGUUCUUUAACCUUGAUAAGGUGCCAUGCUUGGCUUCGAUGAUAGAAGAUGUUUUGGGAGAAGGGUCAGUCUCUGCCAGUCGAUUCAGUAGGUGGUUCUCUAACCCAAGCCGAUCAGGAAGCAGAUCCAGCAGUCUUGGGUCAACACCACAUGAAGAACUGGAGAGACUUGCAGGUCUGGAGCAAGCCAUCCUCUCUCCUGGACAGAAUUCGGGGAAUUAUUUUGCUCCUAUACCAUUGGAAGACCAUGCUGAAAAUAAAGUGGAUAUUUUAGAAAUGCUACAGAAAGCCAAAGUGGAUUUAAAACCUCUUCUUUCCAGUCUUUCUGCAAACAAAGAAAAACUUAAAGAGAGCUCACAUUCAGGGGUUGUGCUUUCAGUGGAAGAGGUAGAAGCAGGACUCAAGGGCUUGAAGGUGGACCAGCAGCUGAAGAACUCAACCCCCUUCAUGGCAGAGCACUUGGAGGACACCCUGAGUGCUGUGACCAGCAAUAGACAGCUCAAAAAAGAUGGAGACAUGACUGCGUUCAACAAGCUAGUGAACACCAUGAAGGCAAGUGGGACUUUGCCUUCUCAGCCCAAAGUCAGCCGAAACCUUGAAAGCCAUUUGAUGUCACCUGCUGAGAUUCCGGGCCAGCCUGUCCCUAAGAACAUCCUGCAGGAACUUCUGGGUCCACCAGUUCAGAGACCUGCUUCUUCCAACCUUCUGAGUGGCCUUAUGGGGAGCUUGGAGCCUACAACAUCUUUACUGGGCCAAAGAACACCAUCUCCUCCCUUGUCACAGGUGUUUCAAACACGAGCAGCCUCAGCAGACUACCUUCGUCCUCGACUACCAUCACCAAUCGGUUUCACACCAGGACCACAGCAGCUACUCGGAGAUCCAUUCCAAGGCAUGCGCAAGCCCAUGAGCCCUGUCACGGCCCAGAUGAGCCAGCUAGAAUUGCAACAGGCAGCAGCUUUGGAGGGGCUGGCCCUGCCACAUGACCUUGCAGUGCAGGCAGCAAACUUCUAUCAGCCUGGUUUUGGCAAACCACAGGUGGACAGAACCAGAGAUGGAUUCAGAAACAGGCAACAGCGAGUGACGAAGUCACCAGCACCCGUGCAUAGAGGGAAUUCCUCUUCCCCUGCCCCUGCCGCCUCCAUCACAAGCAUGCUUUCUCCUUCCUUCACCCCUACCUCAGUGAUUCGUAAGAUGUAUGAGAGCAAAGAGAAAAGCAAGGACGAGCCAGCAUCUGGAAAAGCAGCUCUUGGUGACAAUAAAGAAGACACUCACAAGGCCAGUGAAGAGAACCUCUUGUCAUCCAACUCUGUGCCCAGUGCUGAUCGAGACUAUUCUCCCACUACAAACCCCAAACUGUCAACGUUGCAGCGGUCUUCAUGUUCCACCCCACUGUCCCAGACCAACCGUUACACCAAAGAACAAGAUUAUCGACCUAAAGCAACUGGGAGAAAAACACCCACCUUGGCAUCCCCAGUUCCAGGAACACCUUUUCUCCGUCCUGUCCACCAAGUUCCCAUUGUCCCCCAUGUCCCAAUCGUUCGGCCUGCUCACCAGCUUCACCCAGGGUUGGUCCAAAGGAUGCUGGCCCAGGGAAUACAUCCACAGCAUCUUCCAAGUUUGCUCCAAGCUGGUGUGCUUCCUCCUGGGAUGGAUCUGACUCAUUUACAGGGAAUAUCUGGCCCAAUCCUGGGUCAGCCCUUUUACCCUUUACCUGCCACUAGUCACCCUCUCCUAAACCCUCGUCCUGGGACACCUCUGCAUCUGGCAAUGAUGCAGCAGCAGCUACAGCGUUCAGUUCUUCAUCCUCCAGGCUCUGGUUCCCAGGCAGCAGCUGUCAGUGUUCAGACAACCCCACAGAAUGUGCCCAGCCGAUCGGGCCUGCCCCACGUGCAUUCCCAGCUGGAACAUCGCCCCAGCCAGAGGAGCAGCUCCCCAGUGGGCCUUGCCAAAUGGUUUGGCUCUGAUGUGCUACAGCAGCCCCUGCCCUCCAUGCCUGCCAAAGUCAUCAGUGUAGAUGAAUUAGAGUAUCGACAGUGAGCAAGGCAGGCAGGCUCACCUAACCCUGGACCUGUGGUGGUACCCUGGUCAUGACUGCUUGGUUUACAGGCUUUUACUUUGGAGCACCCUGUGCAAAGCUGUUUAGGAGGCCUAGGCAUCUGGUGUGGUCUGCAUGAUUGAAGGAUCUUAACCAGUUAAUGAAAGCCUACAUGGUCUGAAUACAGGAUGCACAGUGUUGUCAAUGCCAGAAAUACUUUCUUUUUUUGUAAGAUAUGUGAAUGAAGUGUUGGUGUCUUCACCAGGAGGUGGCACCUAAGGGUUCUGAGGAAAUAAAUGUAUAGACCCUUAUGUACAGACCUGUGUAUAAACAAUUUUUGUAUAUACGUAUAGGAUAGCUUUUUUGAACUUAUACAGCUGUACAUAAAAGUAGCUGAUAGUAGUUAUGCCUGUGUCAACAGUUUGGAUUUUUUUCACUUGUACAUUUGGGACUUUUUUGUUGUUGAUUAAAGUUGCAUAUGCGGUGUGUGAGUGAA